AUGCCUGAGGAGAAAACAAGGGAUUCAAUCAGGGAUAGUGACAGUUCUGAUUAUUCUAAGUUUUAUGAUAGUGAAUAUGACUUUGAUGAGGAUGACAGAUUUUUUGAUGAUUCAUCUUCACAAGAUGAUGGUGUCAAUGUGAGGAAGCCAAAGUUCCCUGAGUUUAGAGCUGACAUUGACAUGAAAAACCCAUCUUUCAAUCUAGGAAUGUUCUUUGGAAUAGCUACUAAGUUGAAGGCAGCAGUAAGGGAAUAUGAAAUCAAGGAGGGAAAAUGGGAUUUGAAUGGCAUUCCAUGUUCACAUGCCAUUUAG